AGCCGUGUAAGAAAGAGCGCAAACAACUGGCAGAAAAACAUGUCCGCUUCGUACAAAGCAACCGAGCAGCCAUUGGACGGCUCUGGAAACGCCCACUUUUGCAGGUACACUGCUGCUGCUUUUGCUGCUGCAGCAGAAAGGCAGCGCAGCAGCACGGGUACAGCGCAGACAGGGGCAACGGUAAGGGUUUGAGCACAAACAACGACAGCAAACAAUCACAUUCGCACACGCAUCCCAUAUCAGUCGAGUUGUGGCAGCCUCUACGACUCGAGCACAGCUAGCAAGCCCAGCGCUGAAGUUUGUUGUCGCUGUGGACAUCGUGUCGGCCGGAACGUUGUGUCACUCUCGAAUCGCCGUUCAGUGAGCACAGUUCGUGCAGUUGUGUUAUUUGUGUUAUUGUUUUGGUGAGAAUAAAAAAUAAUACUGCAGUGAGUUUAGCGUAUGUGAGUGCAGCCUGUGUUUACAUAUGUCGUCACGUAUUGCGGAUCAUAAAAAAUAAACCAACCAAAUACUCAUGGCAUACUGUGUGUGACACACUAGCUGUCCAAUGUUUGUUUAUGAUCGUCAAGAUCGACCGUGUAAGUGCGUGCCUGUGUAAGAGAAAUUCAAAUUGUAAUUCCUGGUGUUCAAUAAAGUGAAGAAAAAAUAUUGCCACAAAAACCACACUGCGGCCUCAUUUGUGCUGCCUUCGCAGAAAGACAACAACUGGAAAGCGAAUGAGUGUGUGUGUGUGUAUUGGUGGAGUGAUUUGGAUUAAUUUGUGUUGUGAAAUGUGUUAAAACAAUGACGCGUGUACUUCAAUUUUUGGUGCUGUUGGUGUAGAGCUCAAUCUCAUCCAGAGUGUGUGCCUGAGUGAGUGGUGCUCACUUACGGCGCUUACCUUGCGCAGUGGGCGCGUGUCUUGCCAACGGAUUAGAAGCGUAUCGCGCGCGAAAAAAUAAAAAUAAGAAAAGACGUAGCUGAACUGAACGAAAGCGUCCAAGAGUGAUCCCGAAGUGUGAUCAAGAUGGUUUCGUACUACAACCACUUCGCGAUGUAUCCGAAGAAUCACAGCGGCAAUCUGCCGUACUCGGCGACGACCGGCUGGUACCCGAGCAACUACCAGCACCAGCCGCCCCAUCCGCAGUUCAUCGGCGACGGUGAAUCUUCGCCCCAGCCCGCCAUGUACUAUCCCCAUCCGCACGUCUUCCACCCGCAGUCCAGCCCGGACUGGAGCAGCCACGAGAACUUCUCCACGCCGCCCCAAACGUCGCUCGGCCUUUCGCACGGCCCGAGCCCGGGUGCAGGCGGUACGGGCAGCGGUUCCGGCGGUGGCAGCGGCGGCAUCGGCUCCGGAGCACUGCACCUGGGCCAGAACCCGAACCUGCAUCACCACCAUCACCAUCACCACCAUGGCAACAAUGGUGGGGGAAACGGGGGUGGCGGCGGCAGCGGCGGAAACGCGCACGACCAUCUGGCCGAUGGGCUGCACAGCAUACCGUCACCGCCGAUUACCGUGUCCGGGAGCGACAUGUCCAGCCCGGGAGCGCCGACGGGAUCAUCGUCGCCCCAGAUUACGCCCCGCCCGACGCCGGUCAAGAGCCCGUACGAGUGGAUGAAGAAGCAGUCCUACCAGAGUCAACCCAAUCCAGGAGGCCUUAUCAACAUCUGCUCGGCACCAUCCCUGCAAGACUUCGCUCCGGUGGAAUCUGGUGGAAAAUGGAAGACACGUACGAAAGACAAGUACCGGGUGGUGUACACCGACCAGCAGCGGCUCGAGCUGGAGAAGGAGUUCCACUACACGCGCUACAUCACGAUCCGCCGGAAGGCCGAGCUGGCCCAGAACCUGCAGCUGUCCGAGCGGCAGGUGAAGAUCUGGUUCCAGAACCGUCGCGCCAAGGACCGCAAGCAGAAGAAGAAGGCCGAAACGGGCAGCGUGGGCGGCGGCAUGGGUGGACUCGGCGGUGGCCAGUCGCUGGUGGCAGCGCACGCCCAGGGCCACAACCCGCACGGUGGGGCGGCCCAGUCGAUGUCGGCCCUGCUGGCGGACACGAAGCCGAAGCUCGAACCGUCGCUACACCUCUCGCACCUGCACCAGAUGAGCGCGAUGAGCAUGGGCAUGGGCUCGAUGGGGCUCCACCAUCACCAUCCCGGCCACCAUGCGGCACUGCACGCGCACCUUGGCGUGCCGACCUCGCAGCACCAUCAGCUGAACCAGGCGGCAGUGGCAGCGGCCGCCGCCUCACAGGUGCCUCCGACCUCGCUCAGCAUAAUGUGAUGUGGCGGCGUGGAGAUGGCUCUCGCUCACUGAAGGACGCGCAGAAGGUGUGCAACAUGUCGGGUGCUGUUGUUUUUUUUUUUAUUUCUUAUUUAUUGCCUGCCCAACACACACACACAACGAACGAAGCACGGAGCAGAAACGAAGCCUUACUACCCAAGAUGCACCUCUGAGCGCACCAGCGUGACCUCGGGGGCAAGAACAUGGAUGAGCGCAGCUGAAUGCUGAGCACGAGGGUACGAGUUCUAAGCUGUAAAAAGCUCACAAACAGCCUACAAAUUCCUGGUUCUUGUAGCGCAUACGUUGCACCAUAAUAACGGCGCGCAGCACUCUUUGACCUUCGUUUUUUUAUGGAAAGAAUGCGCCGGUUGCUAUGGUGGGGAGAAGAAAUCGAAGAUGCUGGGGCAAAUCUCAUCGUCUAGUUCUAGGGGAUGGGGGGGGGGGAUUAUAUCACCGUAUCGUAUGUGUGCAGUGUGCAGAUGAUCUUUGAUGAGCAAGUUCUUAGCUUCAAAAUCCACACAGAAAGGGCUAUCGUUCGAGAAGAACAAGCAGCGAGAACUGAAUCAAAAGAAGAAAAAACACAACGGAAAACCAGAGCAAAUGGUGCCGGUUGCGGCUAGGAAGAAAACCACAACACCUUCGUAACAUUUAAUUCACGUGCAAUGUAUAAAACAAGAAAAUGAGAUAUACUUUUUAAUCUAAACGUUAGCUUAAUACCGCGAGAGAGAGAGACACCGAAAGGAGAACAACCACUAGCAAGAAACCGAGCUGAAGGAAAAAAAGGCAGUAUAGCAGGAA